AUGUCACCGCUGCUAGUGGCCCUGGGGCAAAUCUUCUCAAUCAGGGGUGUCCUCCUGUCAUUGGUGGCCCUGGUUGGCUACUGGAUAUGUUGGAUCAUCUAUGCCCGACAUUUUCAUCCUCUGAGUAAAAUCCCGGGCCCAUGGCUGGCAUCAGUCAGUCGACUCUGGUACAUGCAGCAAAUCGCUCGCGGGGAUAUGCAAGACACCCAGAGACGCCUGCAUGCAAAGUAUGGACCUAUGCUCAGGAUCGCACCCAAUGAGGUGGCAUGCAGCUCGCCUGAUGCAAUCAAAAGCAUCUACCGGAACCAAGGGGCCCUUGACAAGACAGACUUCUACACCGUCUGGAACAGUCAGAACUUCAGCAAACAUCGGGACAUGUUUACUGGUGUCAACGACAAAGCACACGGCGAGAGGAGGCGUAUCUUCAACCACGUGUAUUCCCUGUCCAACGUGCUGAAGUCGGAAGAGUACAUCGACAAGUGUUCGGAGUUAUUCCUUCAACGGAUAGCAGAGUACCAGGAUGGAUCCAAACCGUUUGAUUUGGGCAAGUGGCUGCAAAUGUACGCCUUUGACGUGAUUGGCGAAUUGUACUUUGGUCGUAUGUUUGGGUUCAUGGAAACAGGUGGUGAUCACGGCUCCUGGAUCGAGUCGUUGGAUCUGCUCAUGCCCUUCCUGUGCAUGACGGCUGUCGCUCCCUCCUACGUUCGACCUUUGAUCCUCGCCUCAGCACUCGUUGUUCCAGGAUCUCUGAAAGCACUGAAAGCCAUCGACAAUAUCGGCGUCGCAGCCAGGGGCUGUGUUGCCAAGCGAUUUGAUGAAAACCGGAAGGACGAGGAACAACCGAGGACCGACCUCCUUGAACAGCUGUACGAGAUCCACCGUGAGAAGGGCGAAAAGGUCGAUUUUCAGCUGGGCGACAUUCAGCAAGAGGCCUAUGUUGGAUUGUUCGCCGGCUCAGACACGACAGCCAUCGGCUUCCGCUCGGUAUUUUACCAUCUCAUGAAGAACCCUGCCGUGUAUGAGCAAGUCUUGCAGGAGAUUGACACCGCUGCAGAAAAGGGCGAAUUGAGUUCUCCGGUCAAGUACGCAGAAGCGAUCAAACUUCCGUUCCUCUGCGCCUGUAUCAAAGAAGCUCUUCGUGUACAUCCCGGUGUUGCCUUGACCAUGGGUCGGACGGUGCCUGCUGAGGGGCUUGAACUCUGUGGUGUCUACAUCCCCGGCGGGUACCGUGUGGGGAUGAAUGGCGCAGUCGUGCAUUACGACAAGAACAUCUUUGGGGAAGAUGCCGACCAGUAUCGCCCUGGCAGAUGGCUUGAGGGCGACACUUCCAAGAUGGACAAGAGCAUGCUGCACUUCGGAGCUGGAACUCGAACAUGCAUUGGCAAGAACAUCUCGCUUGCGGAACUGCACAAGCUCAUCCCCUAUUUGCUGAGAAAUUUCAAGGUUGAAAUGUGGGAGCAGGACAAGACAUGGAAGACCACAAACCUAUGGUUUCACAAGCAGGAGGGUCUCGAAGUGCGUGUGACAGCACGCCGGUCCAAGUAG